ACACUGCAGCUCCGCCGCAUCGUUCGGCAAAAACCAUCAGAAAAUCGAAGCAAGUCGAAGCAUGCUAACGCAUGUUCUGUUUUAUAGUGUUUUCGCUGUUUGUUUUUCGGCUGAUUAGUGACUAAUCGACUACUUUACUGUUAUUUUAUAUGUUAAAGCUUGGUGAAAGUAUAAAAGUGUCUUCUGGUAACUUCUCGUGCUGAUCCGAAAUAUUGACCGGAAACGAAAAAGCAAUAAUCAUGCAAAAAAAGAACGACGGAUUCGCGUCGUGUGUGCAGAACCUGUAUGAAGAUCCUGCUUUACGCGAUGUAACUAUCGUCGUGGACAGUGACAUAAAUCCGUCCGAAACCGUUUCUGUCCAAGCUCACCGAGUCGUGCUGGCCACAAUGUCCGAUUAUUUCCGUGCAAUGUUGUACGGGCACUUCAGCGAGCGCAAUCAACUGGAGAUCCGGCUGUUUGGAGUGUCCCAUUCAGCUUUCCAGCAUUGUCUAAGAUUCAUGUACUUCGGAUUCGAUGGAACCCUAGAAAAAAUGUCGUUGGAUGAAGGUUUGGAAUUUUAUUCAUUAGCCAGGAUGCUCCUCAUAGAUACGAAGGUCAAGGAAAGCUUCUCCGAAUGGGUUGUUGCCAAUGUCACGAAAUGGGAGAAGCACUUGUGGAAAAUUUUUGCUCUGGCCAUCGAAUACGAUUUACGAUUGAUUGUGAGUCGUUGUGAAGAACACUUAUCGGAUGUUGCAAACCAGCUUCUCAUUCAAGAUUCUUUUCUAACGGUUCCCUUGACUGUUGUUCAAAAGGUUUUAACAUGCGAAACGCUGAAUUGUACGAAAAACGAACUGCUAUUGGCAAUAGAAAAUUGGACCAAUUCCAAACAAAUCGACGAUCAUGUAAAACAAGAUAUGCUCAUGAUGAUUCGAUCGCGAACAGAACCGUUUUUCAAAGGACAAAAAGUGAAUUUCUACAACAGCUUGGAUGUAGACCCACAGAAUUCACACCUCACCGGAUUGGAUUCAUCAGCACAAUAUUACAAGACAAACAUGUACUUUCGCAAAUGUAUCAUGUUGUUCGGUGUGUCAAUUGUCCUGAAGCGGAACUCAGAAUCCAGUCGAAGCAUCAAUUUGAAAAUGGAAAUCAUUCAAAAUGCAGUGGUUUUAACAACAAGGAAUGCAGUCGUCAAUUUUGACCUCAACGAAUCAGCUUCUCGCGAAGUGAACAUAUUUUUCCCAGCCAUCAAGUGCUGUGCCUACAUAAACUAUAUGUUCACGUUUAGCGGGAACGGUGAAGGUUUACAACCAGAAAUUUGCACAUACGGAACAAUCAUUCACGAUUUGGCUAAAGCGAACCUAUCUCACCUUGUGGGAAUCUAUCAUAGCUGUGCUUCGAAUACAGGAGCCGAUCAUUGUGAGAGUUGCCAAAAACAAUAUAACCCUAACGAAAACGAAGGCCGCCACAAUUCGAUCAAUGAAUAUCAUGAUGUCGAAAGCAGUGAAAGUUCCUAUCAGAAUGAUGCUGAACCACUAUCGGAACAUUCAUUUAGGACCGGAUCGGGUAAUGCGUUUGACGAAACUGUUAGUAAUGAUUCCUUUCGGAAUGACUCGUUUAACGAAAUCAAUCAUGACGAUGAGUCUCAGGAUGACGAAAACAGGGAAAGAUCUUAUCGGAGUGAUUCCGGCUCUAUGUCGGCAAAUUCCUUCCGGAAUGAUUCGUUCAACGAAUACGAUGAUGAGAAUGAAUCUCAUGAUGAUGAUAACAGACCCUAUCGGAAUGAUUCCGAAUCUCUAUCGGAAAGUUCCGUUACGGCCGAAUCCGAUAAUGAGCUAGAAGAAAUAAUUCGCAUUGAUUCCUCUCGGGAUGGUUCGUUCAACGAAUUCGAUGAUGUCUAUGAAUCUCAUGAUGACGAAAGCAGUCGCGGAUCCUAUCGGUAUGAUGCCGAAUCCCCAUCGGAAAAUUCCUUCCGGGAUGACUUGUUCAACGAGUUCAAUGAUUACAGUGACUCUUAUGGUGAUCAAAACAGUGGAAGAUCCUGUCGGAAUAAUUCCGACUCGCUAUCGGAAAAUUCCCUUGUUCCCUUGCGGUAUGAAGACGAUGAAGCAUACAGCGAAAAUUACUUCCAGGAUGAUUCGUUCAGUGAAGUGUAUGAUGACGAUGAUUCGAACCUGGAGUAUUUCCAAGACUAAUCCUGUCUUUGGUUAUCACAUACACCAUUGGAACAUUUUUUUUAUUUGUUCGUUCAAUAUCCAAUAUGUUUGGCAAAUGUUGUUAAAAA